AUGAAUACAGGACGCUCUUUGUUGAAAUUACCAAACGGCUUCAAUUUUUUUCGAGUCGCUUGUAGACAAGCAUCUUCCGUUCCUUCGACAAGAGAUGGUAUAACGGAUUUAAAAACGUUUCUUCAAAGAAUUGGCCGUAACACUGAGCAAAAGAUUGAUGGAAAAAUAACGAACUGGGAAGAACUGUUCACCAAAAGCACAAGAGACAUGAAAGAAGAUGGACUAGAUGUACGUACACGAAAGUACAUUGCAAAUCAACGUAACCGGUAUAUCCAGGGCUACAAUAUUGUACCAUACCCAACCAUGAAAAAGAAGAAAGGAGGAGAGAGACGUUCUUAA